GAAAACUUGAAUGUAGUACGGACGUGUUAUUGUUUUGUGUAUUAUAUUACUGUUUUUAUUCGUUCAUUUUAUUCUACCUGUUACGCAGUGUUUAGUAUAACUGUAACCUGUGUCAUUGAGUACAUAUUUAGAUAGGUAAUAAGUGGCAAGUGGCAAUAUGAAGAACACAAGCAAUAAUUCAGAAAGCCCACAUAAGAUAAAAAAUUGGCAGUCACAUAAACAGUCUUCGAAUAAAGAGAAAAAUAAUGCAACAGAUUCAAGUUGGUGGUUAUUUUUUGGACUCAUUGUAAUACUCACAGCAGGAACAAGAUUUUAUAAAGUUACCGAACCACAACAUGUUUGUUGGGACGAGACUCACUUUGGUAAAAUGGGAAGUUGGUACAUAAACAGAACAUUCUUUUUUGAUGUUCACCCACCUCUUGGAAAGAUGUUAAUAGGAUUAUCUGGAUACUUGACUGGAUACGAUGGAACAUUUGCCUUUGAAAAACCAGGCGAUAAAUAUGAGAAUGUUAAAUAUGUUGGUAUGAGAUUUUUUUGUACAUUUUUAGGUGCAACUAUAGUUCCUCUAUCAUAUUUAAUUGUAUGGGAUUUAACUAAAUCUAUUCAAGCAGCUAUAUUUUCAGCAUUAUUUAUUCUAUUUGAUGUGGGAUUGUUGACGUUAAACCAGUAUAUAUUGUUGGAUCCUAUACUACUAUGUUUUAUGAUGUGUGCAACAUGGGGUAUGACUCGUGUGGGUUCUCUCCGCGAAGAACCAUUCACAUGGAAAUGGUGGGGUUGGCUGUCCUUUACAGGAACUUCACUCGCAUGUACAAUUAGUGUAAAAUUUGUGGGUCUGUUUGUUGUCCUUUUGGUUGGCCUUUAUACAGCCUUCGAAUUAUGGAGAGAAUUAGGAGAUCUUACAAAACCUAUUAUUUAUGUGGGUAAACACUUGGUAGCACGAUGUGUUUGCCUUAUACUUUUACCAAUACUACUAUACAUGUUAUUCUUCUAUAUUCACCUUUCUGUUUUAAACAAAAGUGGAAGUGGUGAUGGAUUUUAUAGUUCUGAAUUUCAAUCUUUAUUAGAGGGCAAUUCUUUAUACAAUGCAACAAUGCCACGGCAAUUAGCCUACGGUGCUACUGUCACUUUGAAAAAUCAUCGCACAGGUGGAGGAUAUUUGCAUUCGCAUUGGCACCUUUAUCCGGAAGGUGUUGGAGCUAGACAACAACAAGUCACGACAUAUUCGCAUAAAGAUGAUAAUAAUGUGUGGUUAGUAAAGAAAUUGGAUACUGACGAUAUUCCGUCCGAGCCAACGUUUGUAAAACACGGCGAUCUUAUUCGAUUAGAACACGUUGUUACACAUCGAAAUUUACAUUCUCACAAAGAGUAUGCACCUUUGUCCAAAAAGCAUUAUCAAGUUACUGGAUACGGCGAAAACGGUACUGGCGAUGCUAACGAUGUGUGGAAAGUUUUAAUAGUAAACGGCAGGGAUGGUGACAUAAUUGAAACAGUAACGAGUAAAUUAAAAUUUGUUCACUAUCUACACCAUUGUGUUUUAACGUGCAGCGGAAAAACAUUGCCCAAAUGGUUAGCUAAAAUAUUUAAGUAUAAGGGAGUAUUCUCUUUGAAAAUAUUAUAAUUUUUACAUGUGGUAUACAGGGCGUACAGAAACUAUGCAAAAUUACCAAAUGUCAGUUUCCAAGUGUAUGCUCCAGGAUUUAUAGACAGAUUUUUAGAAUCACACGCGGUGAUGUUACAAGGAAAUUCAGAUUUGAAAGUAAAAGAAGGCGAAGUAUCGUCGCGUCCAUGGCAAUGGCCGAUUAAUUACAGAGGUCAAUUCUUUUCGGGAAACAAUUUACGGAUAUAUUUACUUGGAAAUCCAAUCAUAUGGUGGAGCAAUAUAGUAUUCUUAAUACUUUUUAUUGUUUUAUAUAUUCAUGCCUGUGUACGGCAGCACCGUGGUUGUACGGACCAAUCCGCUACGCUUGAACAACGGAACAAAAUAAUAAAUGCGGGAAACUGGCUGUUUCUCGGCUGGACAUUGCAUUAUGCUCCAUUCUGGGCAAUGAGCAGAGUUUUAUAUUUCCAUCAUUAUUUCCCUGCUUUAUUGUACAGUUCAAUGUUAACCGGAAUAACUUUGAACUAUAUAAUUGAAAGUUUAUUCAUUUUAAUUCCAAACAGAAUUGGGCAUGUGAUUUAUCAUACAAUAUUAGCUGUUGUUGUUUCAAGUACCAUGUAUAGUUUCUACUUGUUCUCACCAUUGGCAUAUGGCAUGGUUGGUCCCUCUGCACAAGAUCCUGAGAGUCCAAUGCAUUCUUUAAGGUGGAUGGAUACUUGGGAAUUUUAAUGGGAACUAUUUAAACAAACUUAAUCCUAGUUAGUUUCUACAUAUAAUAAAUUAAUUGAUCUGUAUCUAUGUUUUAAAAAUGUUGGGAAUACUUGUACAUACAAACAAAGCUUUUAUAUGUUUAUAAAUGAAAU